GUAACAUUAUCAGUUAAAUCCUUUAUUAAUUUUCAUGCACCUGCGAAGCUUGCAAUAAGUAAAUGACAAGUUCAAUUGUUCAGCCGGCGUGACAAUUCCCAUGAGUAUUGAUUCAGUCUGUAGUCAGUUGUCAUAGCAACAAGGCGAAUAGGUUUGUGAAUCACAAAUCAAACUUUAUGUGCUCUUCAUCUUGGAGGAAAGCUACGGAGCGGUGAAGAUGUCGAAGAAGUGUAUUUGCCAGAUCUGUUCUUGCGGACGUCAUCGAUGUCCACACGAGGGUGCCAGUCCAAACCGAAUUAUCAACAAAUCCAAUCAAGAUCGUUGUCACGUGAACUCAGAGUACAAGACAAGUUAUCAGCCAGGGCAGCGUAACAGGGGACCGUUUCGCCGUCCAGCUGAUCUACUUAUCAGUAAAGGGGACAUUGACAAAGACACCACGCAUAAGGUAGACUUUGUACCUUUUGAGGUUAGACCUCCUAAGCAGAAAGAGCCCGAGAAAUACGUACCAAAUCCAAACCCAUUUGAAACUGUGUCGGAGCACCGAGACCAUUACCGUGGAGUGCGCACCAUUCCUGCUAAAAUCCCGCCAUACCUCCGUGGAGAAACCAUGCGAGCUCCCUCAGCUAAGGUUGUCUACAAAUCCAUCUCGCAUGACGACUAUAAAGGCUGGACUCCGCAGGUCCAGCGUGUGCAGCGCAGCAACUCUUACGCGCCUCCCACCGAUCGUUUUAAAGAAACGUCCAUCCACCGACAGGAUUUUCAGAGGUUUAACCAGCCACCACGCCCCACCGGGCGCCAGCCAGACAAGAUAAGAUACGAGGGUCCCGUUUCGUCUGUCACACACUACAGGACGGACUUCACAAACAAAGAGAUACCACAGCGGUACGAGCGCAAGAGAGAGGAACGCGUGCCCCCAGAAGAACCUUUUAACAGCAACUCGGUUUUCAAGGAAGACUUCGUGGACUUCCGUGGCGCGCCUAAAGCUCCAAUGUUCAACCCUGUCAGUGAUUUGUUUAAGAGUUCUGAUCCCAUACAACAGCAGACCACAAAAAAUGAAGAUUUCAAGAGCUGGGAAUUGUCACCACGUAAGCAAAAAGAACCGGAGAAGUACAAAACACCCGAUGGGGCAAUGGACUGUCAGACAACACAUAUGGACUACGCCCAUUUUGGAAAGAAAGCCGUCCCAGCCAGGACCGCUAGACCGCGAACUAAGCUGCGAUUUGGACGAGAAGACGCCCUGGAUGACAAGACCAACUACGGCCUCAGUUUUAAAUGGUUCUACGAACCUGUAGUGCAUUCAAAGGGCCCAGGAAUCAAAAAUGAAAUUUUCCCACCAAUUCAGGAAAAGAGCCCGGAGAAGUCGGAAUUCCUGGAUAAGUACAAAAGAUUUAAUGUUGUCCCUCCCAAGAUGUUCCGUGACCGGAGCUCCCUGUUCAAGACCUCCGAGACACUCGCCAAGGAUACAGUGUAUGAUGACGACUAUGUGUGGCCCCGAGUCAGUUGUCCUUAUGAUGCGCUCGUGAAGGGCAAAGGAACAUUUGUGUUUGAUCACGAGACCGAAACAGGGCAUAAAGUGUUUGAGACUAUUUCUGAAAAUGUGCGUAGCAUGGAUAUAGCAGCUGCGUAACUAAGGGUUUAUUUUGAAUGAGUCAAAUUUGAAAUUUAGGGGGUGAUUUGCUCAAGAUAUAAUUUGUAUUUAUAACAAUUUUAAACUCGUGUACAAUGAAGAGUUCGCGGGACAAUGCACAAACAAAUGGGAAUUUUCUCUAUUUAGUACCAUUAAGUGCUUCCUUUGCUGCACUUGAUAUUUUCAUAUUAGGAAACAGAGGAAAAGUGUUAUGUGUACAUUCAGUCAUUACUUUUGUAAUCUGCAAUAUCGGCCAAAAUCUUCAAUAUGCGCGUAUUAGGUUUGCUUUUCUGCGACAGAAGGCCGAUUAACAGAAUUUCCGAUCAAAAAAAUAGCGCGAAAACUACGCAAAUGUAAAUGUUUUAUUGCGUAGCCGCUGCUUAAGUGCAACGUUUUGAGUUCGCUUGCAACAAAAGUCACUAAUCUACGGAACGCUUGCAGAACUGAUUUUAUUUAGGAUUCACGAAAGAUAGGUGACCACUAUUUAAGUAUUUAGAAUGCGAUAACCAGUUUUUAGAUGUGAUAUCCAGUUGUAAGAAACUUGUAAGACAUACAGAAUAUACAAUCAAAACUAGUAGGACGCUCGAAAGGAGUUGUCAGAUUGAUCUCUUGCGAUGAAAUUCAAAUAGAUGGCAGUUUUCUAAAUUCUUAAUGUUAACUGGUUCGUUGUUUGUCAUUUGAAUUUGAGAACCGUUUUGUAAAAUGAAAAAUAUUUUGAUAAUUAUCGUACCACCGCAAGGUAUAACAGGGGUUUGAAGGCAGCGUGGCCGAGUGGUUUAGGGCGUUGGUGUUGUAAUCCGAAGGUCCCAGGUUCAAGGCGUCCACCCUGCCACUAGUGGGAUUUGUUUCUCGGUAGUCUCGAGUUCAAAUCCUCGGUCACGCUU